GGACUUUCCAAAACAACAUGUACCCGGAAGUGGCGAGGAAUGAGAACAGACCUUCACAACCUUUUCCAAGUUUGUCACUUAGACACACACACACACACACACACACACACAUACAGAGGCAGCUGAACUUUCACUUUCUAUCCGACAUGCAGAUUCCUCUCCGCCUGCACAAAGAACAUGACAUUAAAUAUUAAGAGUAACUGUUAUAACGCCUGUUAUAACCGCAUUCCCAGAACAGACGCUAAACUGCGGACUAUUUCAUUUCUGCUGCUGGCUGUGAUUCUGGGAGCUGAAACAUUAAUCACAGCCGUGUUGCUGUACAACUUCACCCGAGAGCUACACACGGCCAGUGAAUCUCUGGACCAUGAUGUCUUCCCGACCGAGUGUCUUCAUCAUCAGUCAGCAGCGAUACACGGCGCAGAUCUGGCAAGCUGCGACUUCAUGAGGCAAGAACUUCUGAACAGCAUGAAUACGAGACUCUUGCUGGACAUCAGGAACUCAUUAUGGCAGAGUUUAGGAGAACACAACAUCACCCAGGCCUUCAAACCAGCCAUACACGUCGGGGCAAAGCAGGAGCUCAAGCAAUAUCACCGUCUGCAGAGAACAGGUGAUCCUCAGGAUUUCCGGCUCAUGUUAGAGUGUCUAAACUGGGAGGUUCUGAGCGGACAGAGCACUCAGGAAGGUCUGAUGAUCCUCAGUCCCGAUGGCGAAAUCGUGGUUCCUCAGGGCGGCGUUUAUUUCGUCUACUCACAGAUGAAUUUCAUGACCUCGCGCGCGAGACCCAAUCUCCAGCUGGUCCAAUACUUAUUCAAGAGAACGGCAUCGCACCCGGAGCUGAUCAUGCUCGGCAAAGCCGGCGCCUUGAGUCGGCGCCUCGAUUCUGUGUCUGGUGUUGGUCUGUAUUCCAGCCACCAGGGGGCACUGUUCCAGCUCGAGCAGGGAGACAGGCUCUCGCUGUGUGUCAGCAACAUGGAUGCUGUUCUUCUUCAACCAGAGGCGACUUACUUUGGGGCUUUUAUAAUAGACUGACAGAACAGGACAGGUUACUGAUUCCUUCGUUAGUAUUUACUGUGAUACAAAUUCAGCCAGUACAACUUAGUCUCACUUUGUUGAGAGCCAGUGGGCUCGGAAAUCAAACGAAGGAGUCACAUGACAACACAACAAAACACUCACUUGCUCUUUAUUAUUAUUUUUAUGAAAGUAUUUUGAUCAAUAGAUACUUAGCAUUAGUAACACUAACAUGCUAGCAAACUUACCUAAACCAAAUCAAAUGUUUAAGAUGGUGGUAAUAUUAGCCACAUCGGAUUACCAGACUAAUUAGCAGAGUUAGCAGACUGAGCUAAAAACGAAACUGUUCACAUCAAAUUAGCAAAACUCUGAUUUGUAUUUACAGUCAGUUCAAUAGCUACGUACAGUAUCAUGUAAAUAAUGAUGACGAUAUAGGAAAAAAAAAGUUUAAAUAUUAAAUGCAGGGGAAAACAAGCUGCUCAAAAGUAAGUGCCCCCCCAGACUUGUAUAUAAUUUUUCUUCUUUUAAAAUUCUUUGAGAUAAAUGGAUUUUCUUAAUAUAAUGUUUUUAUUCUUAAAAAUAAAAAAAAAGGUUUGAUAUUUUUAGAGGGAAAAAAAUGACACUAACAGGUUUAUUUUCCUGAAUAUAACACACAUUUUUAAAAUAUUCCAAAUUAAAAAAUAAUGCCUAAACAUGUCUUGACUUCAUUUCAGUUUAUGAUGAACUCCGGCAUUUUUUCCUCCUUUUCGUUUCGCUUUAAUUCUGCCUUCAGGUCAUUUUUUUUAAUCCUACAUUUAAAACUUGAGCUGUUUCUUUCCUUUUAUUUAGUGUCUCAAUAAUAAAAAAAGACCAGGACCAAGCUCAAUAUACAACACUGAAUCCCGAAUUUUUAUUGUGAGCCGUUUUAUAAAUGCAGGAAUUUCAGACAAAAACGAAUUCACUAGAUCUAUAUAAAAAAAACUACAUGGGACGAAAAAAAAAAAAAAAAAAAAAAUUAGUAAGAAGGGAUAUAUAUAUAAAUCACAUUAAUAUGGAAAAAAACAACAACAAAAGG